AUUCGACAAGCACGGGACAACAAUUUCGUAGCCGCAGGCAAUCACAUUUCCCCAAUCAAUUAUCUGUUUUCUUUCGGGGCUCUUUACGAUCUCUGCUUUUUCUUUACGAAACUACCGUCGAGACUAGAGAGACGAAUUCAGGUUUUUGGAUCAAUGGAGCCUGCUGAACUGACCACAGAACAGGUUCUAAGGAGAGAUAUCCCAUGGGAGACAUAUAUGACAACUAAGCUGAUAUCAGGAACUGGUCUUCAGCUGUUAAGAAGAUAUGAUAAAAAAUCUGAAAGUUACAGGGCACAGUUGCUGGAUGAUGAUGGUCUAUCAUAUGUUCGGGUGUUUGUUAGCAUUUUGCGAGAUAUUUUUAAGGAGGAAACAGUAGAGUAUGUUCUAGCUUUGAUUGAUGAAAUGCUUACAGCAAAUCCGAAAAGAGCCAGAUUAUUCCAUAAUAGUUCUCUUGCAGAUGAAGAUACUUAUGAACCUUUCUUAAGAUUGCUCUGGAAAGGCAAUUGGUUCAUACAAGAAAAGAGCUGCAAGAUAUUAGCUUUGAUUGUAAGUGCUAGGCCAAAAUCACAAGAUGGUCCAGUCUCAAAUGGAGAAGCCUCAAAUUCAAAGAGAAAAUCGACAACCUUUGAGGAUGUUUUAAAGGGAUUGGUUGAAUGGCUUUGUGUGCAGUUGAAGAAUCCUUCCCAUCCUGGUCUUGGCAUACCAGUUGCUGUCAAUUGUCUUGCAGCAUUACUGAAGGAACCUCUUGUGAGAUCUUCCUUUGUGCAAGCUGAGGGGUUGAAGCUGUUGACUCCAUUAAUUUCUCCUGCAUCCACCCAGCAAUCUAUCCAGCUUCUUUAUGAAACAUGUCUCUGUGUUUGGUUGUUAUCUUACUAUGAGCCGGCAAUUGAGUACUUGGCAACUACUAGAACUCUGCCACGACUAAUUGAGGUUGUUAAGAGUUCCACAAAGGAGAAGGUUGUCAGGGUGGUUGUCUUGACCCUUAGGAACUUGCUUCCCAAAGGUACUUUUGCUGCUCAGAUGAUAGACCUUGGGUUACCUCAAAUUGUGCAAAGUUUGAAAGCACAAGCCUGGAGUGAUGAGGAUUUAUUGGAAGCCCUGAAUCAACUGGAGGAAGGUUUGAAGGAUAACAUUAAGAGGUUGAGUUCUUUUGAUAAGUACAAGCAAGAAGUUCUCCUCGGUCAUCUUGACUGGUCUCCUAUGCACAAAGAUCCAUUAUUCUGGCGUGAUAACAUUAAUAACUUUGAAGAGAAUGAUUUCCAGAUUCUAAGGGUUCUCAUAACGAUUUUGGAUACAUCCAUGGAUCCAAGAGCUCUUGCAGUAGCUUGCUUUGAUCUCUCGCAAUUCAUCCAGCACCAUCCGGCUGGGCGGGUCAUAGUAACAGACCUCAAGGCAAAGGAACGGGUGAUGAAAUUGAUGAACCAUGAGAAUGCAGAGGUUACCAAAAACUCCCUACUUUGCAUUCAAAGGCUUUUCCUAGGUGCCAAGUACGCAAGCUUUUUGCAGGUUUAGUUCAAUACCCAUGGGUAAGAUGGUUUGUUGUUUUAUAUCAUCUAUUAUGGAAACAGUUGCAAUGAAUUGAUUCUGCUAUCAGCUCUUUAGGUCUUCAUAAUGAUGUAUCAGGGUGCUUAUUUCCUAAGAAAGUUGAGCCAUGAUUUGUUAAUUUAUUUUUGGACGUUGACUUGUUGAAAAAAAUGAGUCAACUUUUUUUUUUUUGGUUGUAAUAAGUGAGAUUUUGAGCUGAUUAAAUAAUGCUACCUUUCCAAUAAUAUCUUAGUUUCUCUAAA